AUGGGGAAGAGGAGCGGCAGCAAGAGGAAGGACAAGAACAAGGUCAUUCUCCCACCGGAGCUGCCGCCAGAAAUCGACGACGAUGAGGUGGAUCUCAGCGACGAAGACAUCGCGUUCUAUGCCACCGACAGCAGUAACGUAGCUCCCUUCCGCCGCUUCGACAAGAAGUCCAUCGACAGGUAUGUCGGGAGGGUCGCAGGACGCGACGAGGGCGAGGUCGAGCGCCUCUACGAAGAGCGCCAGAAGAGGAAGGCCACAGAGUCCUCGGGGAAACCCCGCGAGGAUGAUGACGGUUUGGAGGUCGACCCCGUCGACGCACUCCCCACCAAGACCCUGCAAGGGGAGCUCGUCUACAAUAGAGCGAAGAAAGCAAGGUCUGAAGACAAUACUGGUGGUGUUAAGUCUAAAGCUCAAGAGAAUGGUGCAGAUGCCAAGCAAAGUAUUAAGAAAGAUGAACCGAAGGGAAAAUCUAAAAACAAAAAGGGAGAUGAUAAUAAAGUGAAAAAUAUUCAAUCUCAAACUGAAGUUCCAAAGGGACAACUACACUCAAAUGUGCUGGAGGAAGUGAAAGAGGAACUUUCAGCUGAGGAAUUAUUCGAAAAAAAGAAGGCUCAACUUGCCGAACUGGGGAUGGCUAUGCUUGAAGAUCCUGAGUCAAACAUUAGAUCUCUGAAUGAUAUGUUAAGUAUAAGCAAUGACAAAGACCAAAAGGUUGCUAAACUUGGUCUGAUGUCCUUGCUUGCUGUGUUUAAGGACAUUAUUCCGAGUUAUCGGAUUAGGCAGCUGACAGAAAAGGAGCUAGCAGUAGAAGUUUCAAAAGAAGUGAAGAAGACAAGAUAUUAUGAGUACACACUUAUUCGCUGCUACAAGGCAUACCUACAGAAACUGGUAUCGUUGGAGAAGCAGCCCCAUUUUUAUACUGUGGCAGUUCGUUGCAUGUGUGCUUUAUUAGAUACUGCCCCACAUUUUAACUUCCGUGAAAACCUAUUGGCUAGUGUGGUAAAAAAUCUAAGCUCCUCAGACGAUGUAGUAAGGAAAAUGUGUUGUGAAGCAAUAAGAUCAUUAUUUAUAAAUGAAGGAAAACAUCGUGGCGAGGCAACAAUAGAAGCAGUUAGGUUGAUUGCAGAUCAUGUGAAGCUCAAUGAUUGCCAGCUCCAUCCUGAUAGCAUUGAUGUCUUCCUGUCUUUGAGAUUUGAUGAAGAUAUUGGAAAAGAUGAGACUGAGGAGGAAAAGGUGAAACCAAAGAAGAAUAAACGUUGGCAAAAAAAUCAGGAGGUUCCGAAGCAAUUGCCAGUUAAUGAUAAGAAGAAAACCAGACAGGAACUGAUCUCAAAAGCUAGAGAGGAGGUUGAUGUAGAUCUUAGAGCAGUUUCCUUCACUCUUGAUCCGAAAGAGAGAAAAAGGAUACAAAAAGAAACACUUUCUGCUCUGUUUGAGACUUACUUUCGCAUUCUGAAGCAUAGUGUGACCACUUCAAAUUCAAGGACCAAGGUGAAUAAUGUCUCCCCAGGUGGCUCACACCCACUGCUCACUCCAUGCUUGGAGGGCUUAGGAAAAUUUUCACAUUUAAUUGAUGUAGAUUUCAUGGGUGAACUUAUAUCUUGCCUCAAGAAGCUUUCUGGGUAUAGCGACCGACAAGAUGAAAUUCCCAAUGAUAAUGCACUGUCUGUCUCAGAACGUCUGCAGUGCUGCAUAGUUGCGGUUAAAGUCUGGAGGAGCAACCUUGAGGCAUUGAAUGUGGAUCUACAGGAUUUCUUUGUGCAGCUUUAUAACCUCAUACUGGAGUAUCGGCCUGACAGGGAUCACGGCGAGGUAUUGGCUGAUGCUCUGAAGACACUUCUUUGGGAAGGCAAACAGCAGGAUAUGCUAAGAGCUGCUGCUUUCAUUAAACGUUUGGCCACAUUGGCCCUCUCAUUUGGCUCUGCAGAAGCGAUAGCAGCAUUGGUCACACUGAAGCAUCUCCUCCAAAAAAAUAGCAAGUGCCGCAAUAUGUUGGAAAAUGAUUCUGGUGGCGGCUCUCUGUCUUGCUUAGUUGCGAAAUACAACCCCGAAGCUACAGAUCCAUAUCUGAGUGGUGCGCUCGCUUCAGUCCUUUGGGAGCUCAGCCUCCUAGAGAAGCAUUAUGAUAUCUCUGUUUCCUCAAUGGCUUCGAAUAUCUUGAGUAUGGCAAACUUGAAUCCCACGCAGAACCCUGUUCCUAUCUUGAAUGUGAACCCUCUUGAAGCAUACAGAGACCUGUCAAUGGAAAGGGAACUAUUAAAACCAACUAGCAAAGCAUUGCCACUGAAUCUCAAAAAGAGGCGACGUGGCAAGGAGUUUGUUGCGCUAAGCCCAGAUGUACUUCAGAAGGCAGAUUGCUCGGUGGAUAAAGACGAGCUCGAAGAGAAGUUGCAGAGCCAUUUCGCUGUGCUAAGAGGCAUCUCGGAGAAUGAGAGGUUGAGAGCCGAGCUGAACCACACGUUGUCAUCCGUAAACAUGUACAAGGAUUACAAGAAGCAGAAAAAGAAAAACAUGAAAUUUAAGACCGGGAGGAAAAAGGUAGCAAGGGUUUAG